AAAUAAAAGAAUGACUGGUAUUGCCGUUGUAAUAAUAAAACGAAUCAAAACAGACAAGAAAUUAUAACCAGUCCUGAUAGGAAGCAGAAUAUCUGUCAAACCGAUAGGAGUUGUUUUUAUCCCUUUUCGCAUUUUUUAAUUCUUGACAGCAUAUAAGAAAAAAAGCCAUGACAUUGCAGUGGUCCUUUAUAGCGGUGUUUCUUUACGGGGAGAUCGGGCUUAUAACUAUACUUCUCCUACCCUUUAUAUCAGCAUCAAGAUGGCAGAAAAUCUUUCGCUCGAGUAUCAUACAGAAGUUUGCUAAGUUUUCCCACAUCUAUUUCAAUGUCUUCAUAGUGAUUCUACUCCUCUUGUUUAUGGAUGCCAUUAGAGAGGUGAGAAAGUAUGCGGGUCCGACCUCCGAAGUGGACCUCAAGCACAAUCCGGACCAGGAAAAUCUCGCUCAUAUGAGACUGUUCAGGGCGCAGAGAAACCUCUACAUUGCUGGAUUCGCCCUGUUUGGUUGGUUCAUUAUUCGUCGCCUGGUGACGUUGCUCUCCCUUCAAGCCCAGAUGCAAGCCCAGUCAGAGGCAAGCCAGAAACAAGCCCAAAGUGCUUCGGAUGCUGCCAAAAAACUAAUGGAGGAGAAGGAUAAUAUCAAAAACAUGGCAAGAAGUGAUGACACUGAUGUGGAUGCCAUUAAGAGGGAAAAAGAUCUCGCAACACAGCUAGAUGAAACCAAACUAGAGCUCAAGAAACUUAAAAAAGAACUCGAGAUGAAGCAAACAGACUUUGAAGCACUGAAGAAGCAGUCAGAGGGUACGAACAAGGAGUAUGACAGACUGUUGAAUGAAUAUUCCAAGGCUCAGGAAAAAUUGGAGUCACCAGAAGACGGAAGCAAGAAAUCAAAUUAGAUUCAAAUUAAAGUUAAUGAAAUUGUGCAAUCUGUGUGAAAGUGUGCGUGCCAAUAGGCUUUGUACCAUACUUGAUUGAAAAACCUGUAUUGCGCACAAAAUUGUGGCCAUUAUAAUGAAUGAUAUUUGUAUAAAAAACACUAGAACAGAAACAAUUGGAUAAUUUGCAAUGAGAUAACUUGUAAGAAUAUAGAUAGCUUUUAUUUGUUAAGUCAAACUAUUUUGUUUGCAUUUUUAUGUUAACAUCAUACAUGUAUAACAGAAUAUUCAGUAAUUCUAUUUAAAAUAAAUGGGGGAUAGGGGUAGGGGAUUUGGGUAAGGGGGAGUAUUCUGUUCUAGAGUACUGUGUUGUUUUUCGGGGGGGGGGGGGGUGUCCAGCUCUACUUUAAUAUUUUUUGUUAAUCAAAUCCACAUCUUUGUUGGAGAUUGACUUUAUGUACAUAUGUAGCGUAUUUCCAAAAUUUUGUUUCAAUUGUAUUCCUUUUCAUCUUGUGUGUCAUUUUGAAAUAUUUAGUCACAAAGUCAAGCUAGUUUCCUCUUUCGGCUGUCCCUUACUUAAUAUUCAUAUAAUCCUUUUCAUGUUAUGAUAUGUUUACUACUCAAUUAUGUUCAUUAAAUAUGCUCUGAUUGAUUCUGUUCAACAUCUAAACUUACUUUAUACUUGUAUAAGAGGAUUCUACUGGCCAAGGUGAUCAACUCUCACAUGGCAGGGUUUAGGCUGACAAACCACCUGGAGUGAUUUUCAUUAUUGGUUCAAAAUGGAUCUUGAAUAUUGACUUAGUUUCAUACUGAAUACCAGGCUAGGGAUAGAUCUCUUGGUCUCUUCAAGCAGGGCACAAGUUUUCAAGAUGGUGGAUCAAAUCUAGGCUCUGUAAGCAAAAAAGAGCCUUGAGAAUGAAUUAAGUAUAAUUUGAAAUUCUGACGUGAAAAGUUUUAGCUUCUUUAUACCAUGGCCUCUCCGAAGAGACAUCUCAUUAAUACUGGGAUGUGAUUUGUCCGCGGAUUCGCGGAAUUCCGCGGAUCUAAUGGCCCCAGGCCCCCCCCCCAAAAAAAAAAAAAAAAAUUUUUUUUUUUUUUGCUGAUUAAAAAAGAUACUAUUGUGCUUUUGGUUGUUAGAGUUGAUAUCCCAGUUUGCUGGGAAAAGUCAGAAGAACCCUCAAAAGAGCUUCUAAAAAGCCAGUUUUUCUUCUAUGACAGUCGUCAGUGUGCUUUUGACCCCAAAAGUGCCCCGAGAACCCAUAGCCGAAAUGGUUUCAGCCCUCCAGUUGCCAGGUCAAUCACAUCCCUGUUAAUAUCAUUCACCACUAAAGACAAAGAAGCUACUAUACACUGAGCAUUUGUUUGACGCGAUUUGACAUACGGUUAUUUUUUUGUUCAUUGGAAAACCCUGAUGUGCAUUAGGGUAUACACACGCGCUUAAAAUGUUUUGAUUGUAUAUUUAAACCUAGGAACGAUUAUGAUGGUGGGUGCUUUUUAAUGGUUAAGGCUGGCAGUGAGAAUUCUUGUUGUGUUGGCUUACUCUCUAAAUAUAAUAACAAAUUUAUAAAAUUAUUUCCGGUGUCAUGUUAUGACCUGAAUAAAACUACGUUACUUUA